GUGAAGAGUGAGAGAAAAUGGCAGAAGUGUGAGAUAAGAUAAGAACAGGGAACGUGAUUCUUCCUAAUUCCAAUUAUAUAUGGUCAGUGUUCUUCUCAAAACUGCAUAUAAUCCUCAAAACAAAGAUGGCUACGGAGGAAGCUGUAUCUAUGAAACAAGAUUUGAAUCCUCAAAACAAACCCAAAAGAAACAAGUUUGCUUUAGCUUGUGCCAUUUUAGCUUCCAUGACUUCAAUCUUACUAGGUUAUGAUAUUGGAGUGAUGAGUGGAGCAGCUUUGUACAUACAACGCGAUCUUAGAGUGUCGGAUGUGAAAAUCGAAAUCCUGAAUGGUAUCAUCAACCUCUACUCGCCGGUUGGUUCUUUCAUCGCCGGCAGAACCUCAGACUGGAUAGGUCGCCGCUACACCAUUGCGCUUGCCGGCAUCAUCUUCUUCGCCGGAGCAAUCCUCAUGGGAUUCUCUCCUAACUACGCCUUUCUCAUGUUUGGCCGCUUCUUCGCCGGCGUUGGCAUCGGCUUCGCCUUCCUCAUCGCCCCUGUCUACACCUCCGAAAUCUCCCCUACUUCCUCUCGUGGCCUCCUCACAUCCUUGCCAGAGAUAUUCCUGAACGGAGGGAUUCUGAUAGGAUACAUUUCAAACUAUGGAUUUUCGAAGAUGUCGCUUCGGCUGGGAUGGCGGCUCAUGCUUGGAGUGGGAGCCGUUCCGGCCAUGUUUCUCGCCGUGGUAGUGCUAGUCAUGCCGGAGUCACCGAGGUGGCUGGUGGCGCAAGGUCGAUUAGGCGAAGCCAAAAAAAUUCUGUACAAAAUCUCCGACUCCGAGGAAGAGGCUCGGCUAAGGCUAGCCGACAUAAAAGAGACGGCUGGGAUCCCUCAGAACUGCGACGACGACGUCGUAUUAGUGAACAAGCAAAGUCACGGGCAAGGUGUAUGGAAAGAGCUUUUCCUCCACCCCACGCGCCCGGUUCUCCACAUCUUCAUCGCGUCGCUUGGGAUUCACUUCUUCGCGCAAGCCACGGGCAUCGACGCCGUCGUUUUGUACAGCCCGAGAAUCUUCAAGAGCGCCGGAAUCAAAUCCGAUAACUACCUUCUGCUGGCGACGGUGGCGGUUGGGUUCGUGAAAACCGUUUCCAUUUUGGUUGCCACGUUUUUGUUGGACCGGGCCGGGCGGCGCGUGUUGCUUUUGUGCAGCGUCAGUGGACUGAUAUUUUCGCUUGUGACACUGGGUGUGAGUCUCACCGUGGUGGGCCAUUCUAGGUCUACGCUGACGUGGGCCAUUGGGCUUAGCAUCGCUGCGGUGUUGGCCUAUGUAGCUACAUUCUCGAUUGGGUCGGGGCCCAUCACGUGGGUGUAUAGCUCAGAGAUUUUCCCGCUUAGGUUGCGCGCUCAGGGCGUGGCUAUUGGAGCCAUUGUGAAUAGGGUGACGAGUGGAGUGAUCGCAAUGACUUUUCUGUCCCUCUGUAAGGCCAUUUCAACCGGGGGUGCUUUUUUUCUCUUCGCCGCCGUCGCUGUUGCUGCGUGGAUUUUUCACUACACCAUGCUCCCCGAAACACGUGGGAAGACUCUUGAGGAAAUUGAAGGCUCUUUCGGUCAUUUUUGGAGGAACCCUAAACCCAAAGGACUUCAUGACACUACGGCGAUAUCCCAUUAACGAGCAGUCUUAAAACCUCCACAAACGUUGAUUAGGAUAAUAAGGUAUCUUCUAAUAUUUUUUUCUUCCUGAGUAUCUUUAUGAUAUGUGCUUGGCAAAUGAGCUGUAUUUUCAUCUCUCAGGCCAUAAAUUAUAAGAGUGCUUCAUUAA